AUGAUUCUCUCUCGGCAUUCUUUGUCAACUGUUAAUUAUGUUUCACGUCGAUUUGUUCAAAAUCUUCCACGAAAUGUUCGACUGGAACUUGAUUCAGAAGUUAAUAAACAAUUAACAUCUGAUAGUACAAAAUCAGCUUUCUUUAAAGAGCAUAAAGGAAAAUUUUAUCAUAAAAAUGUAUUACCAAAACAACUUGAAGAAACAAUUAAUACCGUUCUAUCUGACAUUGAACCGCAACGGCUUAAAGUAGACAUGAAAUUACUUGCAGAUCAUUUAGCUGAACGACACUUACCAAUGGAACAACGCGAAUUACAAACUAUAGCACAAAAUGUUAUACAAAAUUUAAUCGAUACUGAACCACGAAUGAAUACAUUAGCAUUGAGUCCUGAACAGCGUGAAGAAAUAAAUCUCAAACGACAACAUGAAUUAGUCAAACGAUUAAAAUCCUCAAUUUACCGUUGGCAACCAUUAAGCUUCGAUGAAUACAAAUCAAAAAUAUAUUUGGCAACUAAUUUCGCAUCACAUUAUGCUAUGCUUUCGCAAAUUUUCAAUGAGAUUAAAAAAAGAGAACGAGAUUUUCUACCGGUUCGUUUAUUCGAUUUCGGAUCUGGUGUUGGUUCUGUUAUGUGGGCAGCCAUGCAUGUAUGGGGUAAACAAACAUUUGCUGAAAUUCUCAAUGUUGAUAAAGCACGUGAAAUGAAUGAACUAUCUCAAUUGAUAUUACAGAAAGGUCAACCGAAUAAAACACCACUCGUGCAUGGUGUUGUCUAUCGACAAUUUAUGCCACAUGGACGUGAAAAUGUAUUCGAUUUAGUUGUUGCUGAUCAUACGUUAUUUGAAUUUGAGAAUCGUUUUGAACGUUUGAAAGCUGUUCAAUCUUUGUGGUAUAAUGUUAAACCUGGUGGUUUUCUAAUUCUUAUUGAGCGCGGAAAUAUUCAUGGUUAUACAGCAAUUAAUGAAGCUCGUGAUAAUAUUUUAAAUCGUAUUGCUGUUUCUGCCGAAACGAUUAACAAGAAUGAUGUUGAAGAAAUGAAUGAUGAAGAAUCGUUGAAAGAAAAUGAUGACUCAUCAUUUACUAAACGGUACUCUCCAGCACAUAUUUUUUCACCGUGUCCGCACGAUAUGACUUGCCCAAAAGCACAGCUAAAUACUCCAUGUCGCAUAGCAACUCGAUUUAGACCAUUACAAAUAUUUGAUCUUCAACGAAAUGUACCCAAUUUUGAAAUAGCUCAAAUGUCAUAUAUUGUCGUUAGAAAAGGCGAACGAGAUAAAAAUGAUAUUUAUGGAACAUGGCCACGUGUUAUUGAACCCAUCAUUGACCGUAAAAAUCAUCAGCAUGUUCGACUUUGUUGCCCCAAUGGUGAAUAUGUCAAUGUGCCUAUAUCAAAAAAUAAACACGGCGUUGGUCUUCAUCGUUUAUCACAUCAUGCUGCACCUGGUGAUAUAUUUCCAGUAACUGCUGAAGUCAUUGAAGAUAAAUCAACAACAAAUAAAGAAAAUGAAAUAAUUUCUUCGCCAAGACGGAGACGAGCCUAUAGAACUUAG